AGCUUCGAAUCUCUCUACCACCGACCGUCUCUGCCGUGAAAACACACUCACAUCUCCAGUAAAUCAAUUUGAUCUUACUUUCUCGACACACAUCAAAAAUGUCUGCCCUUCGCAACAUCAAGAGCCUUGCUCCCCUCCUUGACCGUGUCCUGGUCCAGCGCAUCAAGCCCGAGACCAAGACCGCCUCCGGCAUCUUCCUCCCCGAGAGCAGCGUCAAGGAGCAGAACGAGGCCAAGGUCCUUGCUGUUGGACCCGGUGCCAUGGACAAGAACGGCCAGAGACUCCCCAUGAGCGUUGCUCCUGGUGACAAGGUUCUGAUUCCCCAGUUCGGUGGCAGCCCCCUCAAGGUUGGCGAGGAGGAGUUCACCCUUUUCCGUGAUCAUGAGCUUCUUGCCAAGAUCAACGAGUAAAGAACACACCAUAAUCCGAAAUGAUAAUAAAAACAGCCUUUCUGGGCAUACCAUUAACGCUAUCAUUCCUGCUCUGCUCGGGGCGAAGAGUCGUCUGAGCAGGUCGAUCAGCCUGUAUUAUAUCACGCAAUCCCAUGAGCCUCAACUAAGGCUCAAAUUUAUAACACCACAAAAAAUCUACUCGGGAGAACAGAUUCGACUGUGCAUGUAAUAAUGCGCGGGAGCCUCUUCUCUUUCCAUAUCUGCUAUAUUUAUUUGUCCUCGUUGUCAGCGUGAAAUGGGCCCUCCCUUUUGCAUGUCCCUCUGCCGAUGUAUUUGUAUCUAGCGACUGUGAUCUACGCCCGGAUAGAAGUGCGUAAAACUUGAAAUGAUAAUCUCCACUCAA